AGUCGAAGAAGAAGCAGAAACAGCAGAAAGGGCGACGUAAGAUAUUUCCCAGUUUUCAUUCACAUUUUCCUGGCCCUCGGACCGCAGAAUAUUUGCCCGCUAAGAACAACGCCUGCAGAGGAAGCAGUGGAAGUUGAGACCCUGAGACCUCAAUCCGAUUGGAUUUUCACAUCUGGGACAAGUGGCAGCUGCUGGGCGAGCUUCGCGGCACAAGAGUCAUGUCGUCGUCGGCCAUAUUCGUGCUGGACGUCAAGGGCAAGGUGUUGAUAUCGCGCAACUACCGCGGUGACAACAUCGACAUGGCCGUCAUUGACAAAUUCAUGCCGCUGCUGAUGGAGCGCGAAGAGGAGGGUCUGAUCACGCCCAUUCUCCAGACGGCGGAGACGACAUUCGCCUACAUCAAGACCAACAACUUGUAUAUCGUGUCCACGACGCCGCGCAACAAGAACGUAAACAUCGCCCUGGUGUUUGUCUUCCUGCACAAGAUUGCCCAGGUUUUCGUGGAGUAUUUUAAGGAGCUGGAGGAGGAGUCCAUACGGGACAACUUUGUCAUCAUCUACGAGCUGCUAGACGAGCUGCUCGACUUUGGCUACCCGCAGACCACCGACUCGAAAAUCCUGCAGGAGUACAUCACGCAAGAGGGCCACAAGCUGGAGCUGCAGCCUCGCAUCCCGGUGGCCGUGACCAAUGCCGUCUCCUGGCGCUCCGAGGGCAUUAAGUACCGCAAGAACGAGGUGUUCCUUGAUGUCAUCGAGUCGGUCAACCUUCUGGCUAACGCCAAUGGCAAUGUGCUGCGCAGCGAAAUCGUGGGCGCCAUCAAGAUGCGGGUGUACCUGUCCGGCAUGCCUGAGCUGCGGCUCGGCCUCAAUGACAAGGUCCUGUUCGAGAGCACAGGUCGCGGCAAGUCCAAGUCCGUGGAGCUGGAGGACGUCAAGUUCCACCAGUGCGUCCGAUUGUCCCGGUUCGAGAACGACCGCACAAUCUCGUUCAUUCCGCCGGACGGCGAAUUCGAAUUGAUGUCUUAUCGUCUAAACACGCAUGUCAAGCCUCUGAUAUGGAUCGAGUCGGUGAUCGAGAGACACGCCCAUUCGCGCGUGGAGUACAUGAUCAAGGCAAAGUCACAGUUCAAGCGGAGAUCGACAGCCAACAAUGUUGAGAUCGUUAUUCCCGUGCCCGCCGAUGCGGAUUCGCCCAAGUUCAAGACGACCAUUGGCAGCUGCAAGUAUGCGCCAGAACAGAACGCCAUAAUCUGGACAAUCAAGUCGUUUCCGGGCGGCAAGGAGUAUCUAAUGCGUGCGCACUUUGGACUGCCCAGUGUAGAGAGCGAGGACAAUACGGAGGGCAAGCCGCCCAUACAGGUGCGCUUCGAGAUUCCCUACUUCACCACAUCGGGGAUUCAGGUGCGUUACCUGAAGAUUAUCGAGAAGAGCGGCUACCAGGCGCUGCCCUGGGUGAGGUAUAUCACCCAGAACGGCGAUUACCAGCUGCGUACCAACUAAGCGGGCUCAAACAGCGAUCCCGCCCCAGCAUCAUUCCAGCCAAGCUUCAGCGAGUCAUCAUCCCUGCAACAGGUAGCUUCACCUCCUCCACCCGCGUUUUUGUCUGCGAUGCGUUGCGUUAAGUCAAAAGUAUAUAUUUGUAUUCGUAUUGUUUCAGUAUAUGUAUAUUGUAUGUAAAUCAAAUUUAAUAAAUUUUAACACCUUUUCAUAA